AUGGCCGUAGUAGACUUUGAAGUUGGAUCUGGCAUGGGUUACCGCAAGGUUCGGGAACCAGAGGGUCUAACGUCUUUCAAAGAAGUUCCUAUCAUCGACCUUUCGGACAUUGACAGUCCAGACGAGGACAAGCAACAAGCUUUAGCUUCCAAGAUCUAUGAUGCUUGCACUCAAGUCGGAUUUUUCUACAUCAAGAACCAUGGCAUUUCCAAGGACUCUGUGUCCUCCAUUAAAGAGCAGGCAGAGCGCUUCUUCAAGGGCCUCUCAUUGGAGCAGAAGUUGAACCUGAGCCGCGAAAAGAGUCAGUUCCACCUUGGAUACGAUCCAUACCGAGGUUCUCGGAAGGGUGGUAAGAAGGCACAUCCAUAUGAGAAUAUCAUGUUUGGACGUGAGGUUAAAUUCGACAAAGAGUACAGAGAUGUCGUGGAUCCCAAAGACGAUGCAAAGAAUCAGUGGCCCGAAGAGGACGAAUUGCCGGGGUUCAAGACUUCAGUUGGGAGUUAUUAUGAACAAAUGACAACCCUCAGUCGCAAGCUUGCCGGCAUUUUUGCAUUGUCUCUUGAGCUCGAUAGGCACUUCUUUGAAGAAAAACUGAAAAAGCCAGGCUCACUGCUGUCAUUGAAUUACUACGCAGCUCGGACAGAGGACAAGCCGGAUACCACAGCCAGUAUCUUGGCCCACACCGACCACGAACUGUUCACUAUUCUGUUGCAGAGUGAUGCAAUCAACGCUCUCGAAGUCGUCAACAGCGAAGGAGUAUGGGUGCCUGCAAAGCCAAUUCCAGAUACUUUUGUCGUGAACAUUGGGGACGCACUUUCGAUCUGGACUAACAACGUAUUCCUCUCCACUUUGCAUCGAGCGACUAAUUCUUCAAAUGUUGAACGGUACUCGAUCCCUUUCUUCUUUGGCCCUGACUACGACUGCGUUAUGGAGACUCUCCCUUCAUGUGUUUCGGAGGCUCCGCCUUUGAUUUAUAAACCUGUCACGCAAGCGGAGCAUUAUCUUUCAAAGAUGAACACGGCAUAUGGUGCCAGCACUCUGGUGACAGCCUGA